AUGGAGACAACAUCGGUGGAUCCACCGACUAUACAUUUCCACUAUGUGACCAUCGGCCAGAAACGACUAUCAGGUCAAGAGCGUCGUCAUGCCGAGCUGGCCGACGCUGCCGCGCGAAGCCAUGCUGCCCUUGUGUCUUACGCAAAGAACAGGACGCAGCGGAGAGCAUCGAAGUCCCCUUCGUCAAAGCAUGCUGCCAUCAAGAGUGAGCACCCAGCAACAGAUGCAGCCUCAUGUUCUGCAAUACUGUCGAUUAACACCGGGCCGCUCGACCCAUUCGUCUCGCUGACCAUUUUCCUUUCGCCAUAUGACAGAAGUCUAGUCCAUGAAUACCUCCUCUCCGCCCCCCAACAGAUCUACGGCACCACACCCAAGUCCCUCUUCUGCCCCGUCCGCAUUUCCAGCCUUGUAGGCAUCGCCUCCAACGAGAUCUGGCUCCGAUGGAUGCUUUAUCUCGUGGAGCACCGCCGUACACAGCUGCGUGGCGAGUCCAUCGACUCCUCCGCAACCCUCCUGCGCCGCCGCACAGCAAAUUACCGUGCCAUGCAACAAAUCAUAGCGGUGUCCGACCCCAGCACUCUCUCCGACGAAGUCUUUUACAGCCUCGUCUCCGCCGGCGCCGCUGAGUUUCGAGUCAACAGACCUAGUACCGCCACUAAGCAUCUCGAGGCAGGGCUAAUGCUCGUUGACGCGCGCCGCAAAGCCAACAAACCCCUUCCCGAUAUCAGCACGACUGGCCUCAUCUCUUGUAGCACCUAUAUCGGCUACGGCGUGCGCGACUACUUCCGCACUCCCGAAGCGCUUGCAUUCGCGCAGUCCAACGUCUGCCAGCGCCUUCGCUCGGUCCAGACGUGGAUCCUCGCAAUGCGUCAACAGCAUCGGCACUCCCCUGGCGUAGUGCCUUGUGGUGCCACACACUCACUAGUAUCUGCAACAUCGCAUGAGCAGAGUCCCAUCUCCCCUCCAACAACCUCCUAUCCCUUCCUCCUCCGCCACAUUCACGCCGGCCUGACCGCCAGCAGUACCUCUCUCUACGCCACACGCACUUGCCUCGGCAUCCUCUUCGCGCUCAUCUCCACCCUCUGGUCCUGUCGACACGACGAGCUCGCCUCGACGGAGUAUCUGCGGGAGUUGGAGCAGUACAUCCGCGGCAGCGAAGCACCGACCUGUUCUACUGCCGCUGCUUCUGGUGGCGACGUGAGAGACGAGCGUGAGCUAAGAUUGGCGCCCAUGACAAUUCUGUGGAUUGUGUCAUUUUGUGGCAGCAGGGUUCAGGAGAAGUAUGGAGGACAAGGGAGAGGCGGAAGACUGUAUGAUUUUUGGGAGGUGGUCGAGUUUGUGGAAUUAGUUGUGCAUGUGGGAGGGAACAUGGCAGGCAGGACGAGGGAGGCGUUGGGGAGUUGGAUCCUUGUGGGGCUUGGGGAGAGGGAAGAGGAGGCGAAGAUGGUGGUGUUGGAAGAGAGGGAGAGGGAGAGGAAAACAACAGUUAGGGAGGUUGGGAAGCAGUCGAUAUGGUGGGACGGAGGGGGUGGUGGGAGUGGGGUGACUUCGAUGGGCCUCCAUACAGGAGCUUAA